AUGCGCGACGUGGAUGAGGAUGCUUCUGAGAUGGUGCACACGCCUGACGAAGAUGGCUCGGAGAAUGCUUACACGCCCGACGACGAUGUCACAGUUGAUGAGCACACACCUGACGAAGAGGUCCCGGAGGAUGUUGACGCACCCGACGAGGUUGUCCCGCCUGCACCUACGACGCCUGAUCGACCUAUCCAGCAACACCCUUUGCCUCCGCUGGUGGAUGCCACGGGCUUGGACAAUGAAUCUGUUGCAAACCGCUGGGGCCCUGUGGCAGCAAGGCGGAUGGCUGAAGCAGAACGAUUGAUGGACGAGGAGUUCAGGGAUUUCCUUCACUGGCGAACAGGGCCACACAUGCACCGGCCUCGAGACGUUGCGGCCAGGCGCAACAGGGCCAGCUUUACGGCUGAGCUUAUCAACUUCGCUCUCAACCAUGACAACGCCCCUAACGCGAAUUUUGUGCCCAUAUCAAACCGAGCUCGGCUCAGAGCGACCAGUAGAUACCGGUGCCAGACCUGCCAUCGCUGGACGGGUAGAACGAUGGCCACCAGAACUGAACGCAUCAUAUGGGUAUCCAGCGCAUCUUGCUACUACUGUACCUAG